CCGACGUCGGUGCUGCUGCUGCGCACGCCCGUGCCGCCCAGUGCCGGCACCGAUCCGUACCACGACGUCUUUGGGCCCUUCUGCCUGCCCUCCUUUCCCCUCAGCGCCCUCGAGUCCGGCUCCUCGACGCCGCUGCCGCCGCCCGUGAACCCGCACGCGCUGGGCCGCGAGGGCGCCGACAUCCUCAAGUCGGCGCUGCAGAGCUCCGCCACGGGCCGCCGCCGCGGGCGCUGGAUCGCCGACGACGACAGCCUCACGACGACGCACCUGGCGCGCGACGGCGACGACGAGCGCGAGUGGUGCGUGUCCAGCAUCCCGAUUCUCGGACACCGCCUCGUCGAGACGCACGAGCUGGCGCGCCGCAUUCUUGCCGGGCCCGUCGACGCGGCAGGCCAGCAGGCGGCGGGCGCCAAGUAUCGCGGCGUGGUGGUGACGUCGCAGCGGGCCGUCGACGCUUGGGGCGAGGCGGCGCAGGAGGUCUCCCAGGAGCUGCGGGAUCGGGCCGCAAGGGAAGGCCGGCCGGCUGCGCCUACGACAUUGUGGCAGCGCACGCCCUUCUUUGCCGUCGGCCCGGCGACUGCGACAGCGCUGCGGCAACUCGGGCCCAGUCUUCCACAGCAGCUGCGGCCGGCACUGGUGAUGGGCGGCGGCGCGACGGGCACGGGCGAGGCGCUCGCCAACUACGUGACGCGGCAUUUCGGGCCGCUCGACAGCGAGGCCGAGGCACCCGCGCCCAUCCUCGUGCUCGUGGGCGACAAGAACGCACCGACGAUUCCGGACAUGCUGCGCGCCAAGGGCUACCCGCUCGAGGUGCAGCAGGUGUACGAGACGUGUCUCGACGAGGGCUUCGAUGCUUACUGCGAGGCGCUGAGCCGCACGCUGCCCGCCAUCAGCUCGCGGCCGGGCUCGCGCAGACCAAGCCGCUCCGGCAGCUUUGGCUCGGGCCGGCGGCCGAGCUUCGGCGUCUGGGCCGAGCGGCGCGGCUCUGGUGCAGGCACGCCCAGCGACAACGGCCCGACGGCUGCUCUGGGUGCGCUCGGCGGCGGCACCACGCCGCUCGGCGGCAUGACGCCCUUCUCCUCCAUCGCCGGCGGCGUGCGACGCUCGGGCAGUCCGCAGCAGAUGGCGCCGGGCGGCAGUGUCGUCGAGGAUGAAGAUGCGCUGCCGCUGGACUCGGACAUCGGCCUGAGCACCGGCACAGGCACCAAGCCCGACUGGCUCGUCUUCUUCUCGCCCUCGGGCCUGCAGUACGCGCUGCCGACUCUGCGAGCGCGGCGCUGGCUGCCGCCGGCCGAUGCCCCGGCACAUCCGGCACUCUCGGCAGGCGCGCCGGAUGGCUUCCCACGCGUCGCCUGCCUGGGCCCGACGACGAAGCGCGCCGUCAAGGAGCUGCUCGGCUUCGCGGCCGAUGCCGUGGCCUCGGCGCCCGAGCCCGUCGAGCUGCGCGAGGCGAUCCGCGGCGCCGAGAGCCGCAUUCGG